AUGGAUACCAGUACAACACUCUGUUCAGUUAUUCCGGAAUCAUGCUUAGUUGUUGAAGGAGCUGAGGGGUUAAAGAUAAGCUUCAGGGAAGAGGUAUGUGGAUGUUAUAUUCAGUUGAUUGACAAUGAAGACCUUCAGCCACUUUUGGCAAGACGCCCUGGUUGUAGUCCAAAGGAAAUUUUCAGCCUCAUACAUGAGAAGCUUCCUACUAUAUCAUAUGAAAGUUGCAUUGAUGCUGAAAUACAGCAAAGAGCAGUGGAGUAUUUUGCAUUGAGUAGGAAAGGUGAAGCUUUAAUGGAUAUAUUAGCUGAAAUGCCAAAAUUCCCAGAACGCCAGCCAAUAGGAGAUAUUGCAGAAAGAUUUCAUGCUUUAUGUCUCAAAGAUAGUGGGGUUCUAUAUGAAGAUCCUUGCGUUCAGAUUGGUUUUAAAGCAGAAUGGAGAAAUCACCAGGGUAGACUUGUUUACUUUUGGGAAACAAAAAUAUGGGUUCAAUGCCCACUUGAAAUUGUAAACCUCCGACCUAGUAGGGAUGUUCCUGUUCUUGACUUCUCCUACAAGUUUGGGAGCCAAUUGAUAUUUUUUAUAGUUGUAGUGGUAAGAGGUGUGAGAGCAAUGUCAUUAGGAGAAAUGAAAAAUCUGUUCAACACUUUGAGAUUGAUGGUUUGUCCUGGACUGGUUGAAGGAAUUAGUGACUAUCAAUUGUUUGCCGAUCAAAUGUGGUGA